ACAAUGACCGUGAAAGUAUAAUACCUUGCCAAUACGGCAUUCAUUUUCAUCUCAUCAUCUCCAUUUCUCACAAAUUCUUACAAUACAGCGAAUUCAUAGCUCGAAUCUAGUUUUCCAAUUUCGAAAUGGACGCAAACACAAAGGUGAAGAAGGGAGCAGGUGGAAGGAAAGGAGGAGGACCAAGGAAGAAAUCCGUGACUAAAUCCGUCAGAGCUGGACUUCAAUUCCCAGUUGGAAGAAUCGGUCGGUUUUUGAAGAAAGGUAGAUAUGCUCAGCGUGUUGGUACCGGUGCUCCUAUUUACCUAGCUGCCGUUCUCGAAUAUCUUGCUGCUGAGGUUCUUGAGUUGGCUGGAAAUGCAGCACGUGACAACAAGAAGAACAGGAUUAGUCCAAGGCAUUUGUUGUUGGCUGUGAGGAAUGAUGUAGAACUUGGAAAAUUGUUGGCUGGUGUUACCAUUGCUCAUGGUGGUGUUCUCCCUAACAUCAACCCAGUGCUAUUGCCCAAGAGAAAUGAAAACGCUGCUAGCACUCCCAAGUCUCCAUCAAAGGCCAAGAAAUCUCCAAAGAAAGCUUAGAUUUAGUUUCUAGAUCUGGUUUGCGACUUGUUGUCGUGUGUAUAUCUUUGGUUAGGUUCUUCUUUUGUUGCAGAAAAAUCACUGCAAUGUAAUUGGGGUCUUAAUUUCACCUCUAGCACAGCAAUCUAUCUAAAAAUAGAAGAUAUUUUCAUUCUA